GAGGAGAGGCGGCGGAAGAUGGCGGCGCGGAGAGGCGCUCUACAGCCGCUCCCAGCUGCUGCCUCCUCCUCCUCCCGGCUCCCCAACAGGAAGGGAGUGAGCAGAGCUGAUGCUAAUACCGUUAACCCGCAAUGGUGUCUUCUCUCCCGGCAGGAGUCCGAGAAAAUGGCCGAGAUCGUAGGGCCGGAGCUUACUGGCAGCGGAAUACAUCACCACCACCACCACCCAGUGGGAUCAGCCUCCACCGUUGGGGGAUCGGGCACAGGAGACGACUCUUCAGAUAGCGAAGCAGAGCACGAAGGGCCCCAGAAACUCAUCCGGAAAGUGUCCACCUCUGGCCAGAUAAGAAGCAAGACUAGCAUCAAAGAGGGUCUUUUACUGAAACAAACAAGUUCAUUUCAGAGAUGGAAGAAAAGGUAUUUCAAACUCCGAGGCCGCACACUCUAUUAUGCCAAGGAUGCUAAGUCCCUAAUAUUUGAUGAGGUUGACCUAUCAGAUGCCAGCGUAGCUGAAUCAAGCACAAAAAAUGUCAACAACAGCUUCACGAUCAUCACACCAUUCAGAAGACUCAUACUGUGUGCUGAAAAUCGAAAAGAAAUGGAAGACUGGAUCACAGCAUUAAAAUCUGUGCAGUCCAGGGAGCACUAUGAAACAGCUCAGUUUAAUGUGGAACAUUUCUCAGGGAUGCAUAACUGGUACGCCUGUUCCCAUGCUCGACCCACUUUCUGCAAUGUGUGCCGAGAAAGUCUUUCUGGUGUAACCUCCCAUGGCCUCUCCUGUGAAGUUUGCAAGUUCAAAGCACAUAAACGAUGUGCAGUCAGGGCAAUAAAUAACUGCAAGUGGACCACUCUGGCUUCCAUUGGAAGGGACAUCAUUGAAGAUGAAGAUGGGAUAGCAAUGCCUCAUCAGUGGUUAGAAGGUAACCUACCUGUUAGUGCCAAAUGUGCAGUCUGUGACAAGACCUGUGGCAGUGUACUACGACUACAAGACUGGAGAUGUCUCUGGUGCAAAGCCAUGGUGCAUACAUCCUGCAAGGAUCAUUACCCCCGGAAGUGCCCGCUAGGCUUAUGUAAAGUCUCCAUCAUCCCACCCACUGCACUUAACAGCAUAGACUCUGAUGGAUUCUGGAAAGCUACAUGUCCGCCAUCCUGUGCCAGCCCACUGUUAGUCUUUGUCAAUUCUAAGAGCGGAGACAAUCAGGGAGUGAAGUUCCUCCGUCGCUUUAAACAGUUAUUAAAUCCAGCUCAGGUUUUUGAUUUAAUGAACGGAGGACCUCAUCUUGGGUUGCGUUUAUUUCAAAAGUUUGAUAACUUCAGGAUCCUAGUGUGUGGAGGGGAUGGAAGCGUUGGUUGGGUGCUGUCUGAAAUCGAUAAACUCAACCUACACAAACAGUGCCAGCUGGGAGUGUUGCCUCUUGGUACUGGAAAUGACCUUGCCCGAGUUCUCGGAUGGGGAGGGUCAUGUGAUGAUGACACGCUGCUUCCGCAAAUCCUGGAAAAGCUAGAACGGGCCAGCACAAAAAUGCUUGACAGGUGGAGUAUAAUGACCUAUGAAAUCAAAAUCCCACCAAAGCCUUCCAACAUUCCUGUCACUCCAGAAGAGGAGUUGGAGGACCGCCAGAUCUCUGCUUAUGAGGAUUCUGUUGCUACUCACCUCGCAAAAAUCCUUAACUCUGACCAGCACUCUGUAGUCAUUUCCUCUUCCAAGGUUUUAUGUGAAACUGUAAAGGACUUUGUUGCCAAAGUAGGAAAAACAUAUGACAGGCCUGCUGAGAAUACAGAUGAUGCUGAUGCCAUGACUUUUAAAUGCACUGUGUUGAAUGAGAAGCUUGAAUCGCUGCUACAAGCACUCCGCAUUGAAGCGGAAGCCACUGCUGUGCUCUCUCAUGCUACACCUCCAAUCGUAGAGGAAGAGCUAGAGGACUUUUCUAGUGAAGAGUCCUUGUCAGAGAGCAAGGAGGGCUUAUCUGAAAACAUCUCAUCAAAGACUUCUGCUCAGAAUAUCUUCAAAUCAAGAGAACAGCUAAUGCUUCGGGCAAACAGUCUGAAGAAGGCAGUCAGGCAAAUCAUUGAACAAGCUGAGAAAGUUGUAGAUGAGCAGAAUGCACAUACAGAAGAACAAGUAAACCAGACCCCUACUGAAUAUAAAAAGGAAGAGGAAGCAGAACCUGGUGAAGAGGAGAAGGAUGAGGACACAAAGGAAUCAGAAUCACAAUCUUCUGGAACUCUACUGCGAUCUCCAACAGAGCGACGAGUAAGUCGCAGUGCCCAUUCGUAUAGUGGUUCUUUCUCCAUUCCUCCUUUGACAACCAGUAAAGAAAAUCUUCCUGUCUUGAACACCAGGAUAAUAUGUCCAGGCCUAAGAGCAGGACUGGCAGCAUCCAUUGCUGGAAGUUCAAUCAUCAGCAAAAUGUUACUGGCCAACAUCGACCCUUUUGGAGCCACGCCGUUCAUUGAUCCUGAUCCUGAUUUACUAGAGGGAUACUCAGAAAAAUGUGUAAUGAAUAACUAUUUUGGAAUUGGUUUAGAUGCCAAAAUCUCAUUAGAAUUUAACAAUAAGCGUGAAGAACACCCUGAGAAAUGUAGAAGCAGAACUAAAAACAUGAUGUGGUACGGUGUGCUAGGAACUAAAGAACUGUUGCAGAGAACAUACAAGAACUUGGAACAGAAGGUUCAGCUUGAGUGUGAUGGGCAAUACAUUCCUCUUCCCAGUCUCCAAGGGAUCGCUGUUUUAAACAUUCCAAGCUACGCUGGUGGGACCAAUUUUUGGGGUGGAACAAAAGAAGAUGAUAUCUUUGGUGCACCAUCAUUUGACGACAAGAUCUUGGAGGUUGUUGCUGUCUUCGGCAGUAUGCAAAUGGCAGUGUCCAGGGUGAUUAAGCUACAACACCACAGGAUAGCCCAGUGUCGCUCAGUGAAAAUCACCAUACUUGGGGAUGAAGGUGUACCAAUACAGGUUGAUGGGGAAGCCUGGAUCCAACCUCCUGGUGUCAUUAAAAUUGUUCAUAAAAACAGAGCCCAGAUGUUAACACGAGAUAGGGCCUUUGAAAACACAUUGAAGUCUUGGGAAGACAAACUGAAGUAUGAGAAAUACGAUUCUUGUAAAGCUGCCAUUCGACCUCACCUGUAUUCUCACCAGUUAGAUUUAGCAAAUGAGGAGGAGGUAGUCCUUAUUCAGAUGUGUGCCCAGGCAGCAGAGGAGCUCAUUACCAGAAUCUGUGAAGCAGCAAAAAUACACAACUUGUUGGAGCAGGAACUUGCCCAUGCAGUGAAUGCAUGUUCUCAUGCAUUAAAUAAAAUCCACACAAAAUUUCCAGAGAGUCUCACCAGAAGCACAGCGAUUCAGAUUACCAGCAAUGUUAAAGCACUACAUAAUGAAACAGAAGCAUUAUUAAUCAGAAGAGUCCCCUUGCAGCUGGAGUCCCCACAUGAAGAAUUCCUCUCUAACGGGCUGCACAGUGUAGAAAUCGAGCUUCAAAAACUUGCUGAGAUCUCUUGGCUUCAUUGUGUCUUACAGCCUGAUGACGAAGAGGAGCAUUCAUUGGACUAUGCAAAACGGAACAGCAGAAGCACAAUGUUUCGAAUAGUGCCAAAGUUUAAAAAGGAAAAAACACAACGACAUAAAAGUGCUCCUCCGCCAGUUCAAAAGUGGGGCACAGAUGAAGUCGCUGCUUGGCUGGACCUUCUCAGUUUGGGAGAGUACAGAGAAAUCUUCAUUCGCCAUGACAUCCGAGGCGCUGAGCUUUUGCACCUGGAAAGGCGCGACCUGAAGGAUCUGGGGAUCAUGAAGGUGGGCCAUAUGAAGCGAAUUCUUCAGGGAAUUAAAGAGCUGAGCAAGAGUACGCCCAUGUUAGAUCUAUAGACAUAUGGCUGCCAAGACUAAACAGAUGACCAUCUGCUGAAGUUGCUGAGUUAAAGGAAUUUCACUGGCCACCUCAGUGAAUAUUUGGCUUGAAUAAUUGCCUUCAAUCUAAGCAGGUUGUCAUUGCUUGGUCAGUAUCUGUAGAGAGGAUGCCCUACCGUUGGAGAUGCAAGAGGUUUUGUGCCAAAUAAGUCAUUCCUUCAAGCCAUGUCUUUAUACUAAAAGUUUGGCAAGUCCAAAUAUGCAUUGUUGGUGAAGACAUUUCAAGAGUUUACAUUUGCUGCAUGGCCAGGCAGUCUAAAAGGCACUAGACUUCCUGUUAACGUGAGCCAUUAGCUGGCUCUAUUUUUUUUUUAAUUUGGUAAUGCAACAGCAUAUCACAUGACCCCCCUGGCUGGAUAAUCUGAGGCAACAUAUUGAAAACACAAACAGCAGAGCAGGUGUGGUGGACUUUGAAAUGUUAUUUGCAUUUAUCUUUCAGUCUGGCAUUGCCUCAGGAACAUAAUUUCAACAAACUGGCCACGGAUGACUUAGAAUACCGACUAUGUGUACCACGAAUGCAAUCUUCAAACUGCAUGGUGUGCCUGCCUGAACCACCUUUCAUCUAUUGCAUGACAUCAUCUGACAUAUUUUUUAAAGAAACACUUGAACAAGUUUUAUAUAUUGCUUUAAUAUGAUGUAAUUUAUUACUACUGAAGUGUCUUCUCUGUGUUAUACUUUGCAUGAAUGUGUUUUUGUGGCAAGUAACUUGUGGAUGUGAAUCUGUGCCACAUGCAAGAUAUUAUUGAACGACUGAUAUUUAUUAUGUAGCUGGGUCUUUCUUCAAAUUUUCACCUAGGUAAAAGAUCGUUAACAUAUUCUGAGCUUUCUUAAUGUAAGGUUUCCUCACAAAAUUAUUUAGUUCGCACUAUUGGAAUAGUUAUUUAAAUGUCCCUUCCUUUCUAGAUUCUUCUCACUCUCCUUUCACUGUAAUGAUUUCUUUAUUGAUGCAAACUAUAUGAGAGAUGCAAACAUUUCUAAUAGUUACUAUGUGUCAUUCAUUUUUAAACAUAAUUUUCUAGAAUUUUAAUCACGUUUUAAAAUUUUAAGAUAACAUAUUAUCAUCUCCAAAAUUAUGCCCAGAAAUCAUUUAGCAAAAGAAAUACAAAAGCAGAACAUUUAAAAUGAAUUGUGCAAUAUUUAUGCCAGACCUUCUCACAUGUAUUCUUGUGAUGUGUGCGGCUUUAAUUUUGUGAGGUAACUUGUUAAAUGACUUAUUGCAAUAGUAUAGAUACUGCACUACUUUUAUUAUCUAUUUCUACUGAGUCUCACUGCAUAGGAAGUGCAACAAACAUGGAUGCAGUUGACCUGCAUAGCUGUAUUAAAACCAGGUGCUGCUGCACUGCCAGGCCAAGUCAGUGUGAGAAGGGUCAGAGGGGACUGGCUGAGCAUUUGGGGUUUGCUCAGCUAAAGGUCAUAUGCAAAAUAGUAAUGCAAAGUGAGUGAAUAUAAAUAUUGCAGUCUGUACUCCUUCUGAACUUUAGACUUUAAGUUAUAGCAUGAAGAUGAGAAAGUCCAACAUUCCAUAUGGCUUUGUAUGCCAACUAUCUGUAAUGUCUCUACUUGCAAGAUGAGUACAUCUGUUUGGGUAGGAACAGAAUUUAAGAAAAGCAUAUCACUUGUCAAUCCUGUAUCAGCACUAUUAUUAAGUAGAUCUUAUAAACCAAAAUUAUCAUUUACUGUUAGGGUAAGCGGUAAUUAGUUGAUGUCUUAAUGCAGUAAAUACUUUCAGAAAUGCUAAUCACUUUAAAGCAGUUUAGUGUUAUAAAGAGAAGUGUUAAGUGUUAUGUGGCAGUUGGCAGUAAAGGAUAGAAAAAUUGCACUUCCCAUCUAAGAAACUGCACUCAAAUGUUUUCUGUGACUUUAAGGCAUUUGUUUUUGAAAACAUAUUGGUGCACUUCCACUCUUCAUUGUUGUGAAGUAUGAAAAUACAUCACAAAUCCCAUCAGAUAGCCAGUGGCAUGGUGUAGUGGGAUAGAGCCCUAACUAUGGCCAAGGCGACGCAGAUUCAGUCAGCAGCUGAGGUGUCUGAGCCACUGGCAGGGAGGGAUGAGUGUACUCAACCAGGGGAAAUGGCAUUCAUCUGAGACACCUCCCUGAGGAGAGGCAUGGUCCACAGAGGGGAGAAGCACUCAGAUGUUGCUGAUGAGUACUAGGAUGGGGGAAAUAAGGGUAGGUCAUAAUAACCCCCCACAGCAAGCAGAAGCAGUUUCCUGCAGCAUCACCAAAAUGCUGUUAAGAUCCAUGCCAGCCCCAACUCACUUGGAGAAGUCUGGAGGAGAAGGUGGAACAGUUAGACCCAGUGACGGACAAGGGACAAUAAUAUGGCUGGACAGAAUGUAGCAGCAUGGAGUGAGCUGUCACAUGUGUACACAGUACUCUGGCCACACACCAGAUAAAUGCAGCCACAUGCAAUCACUGAAUGACAUUUUCUAAAUGUUAUUAACAAGGUUUGCACAGACAGAGUCUCUUUCAUAGUAAAUCAUGGAAAACCUGAAUUCUACAAAUUGUUGCAGACAGAUAUCAUUCUGUAUCCAGCUUAUUCUUGGAGAAAACCCAUCACGUAUAUACUAAAACAUGUGGACCUGUUUUCAUCACUCCUGUUUUAAGGUACUGAAAAUAUAUGAAAGAUGACUCAGUCUAAUAGAGAAGCUGCUUUUUCCAUCUAGUGUAUAUCAGUCCUCCUAUGUCUUAACAUCAAAGUUCGAAAGUGGUAAUCCAUUUUCAUUUCAACAUGCACACUUACUUCUGUCAUAGUAACUCUUGCAUUCUGUCCUAAACUUUAAUGUUCAGAUAUUUAAAGUUAGAUCCCUGCCAUAUACCAUUACAUUUAAAUUGAGACCUUCAGAAUUAUAUUUCAUUUUUUUUUCCUUCCUGGAAGGAAUCAUAUCACUUGUCAGUCCUGUAUCAGCACUAUUAUUAAGUAGAUCUUACAAACCAAAAUUAUCAUUUACUGUUAGGGUAAGCGGUAAAGUCUCACUUAACCAAAUUGUCCUGGUACACAGAGAUUAUUAUUAUUAUUCUUUGUUUUGUAUCUUUCGGCUUACAUUCAUGGCCGCCUGUCCACAUGUCAGUUUCAGUCUGUGUUUAGGCCAUUUCAGUAUUGGAGUAGACAAAUGCUAUAUUACAUUUUGCAGAGACUUUCUGGGGUAGUGGGCAGAAAACAUAUACUUUUUAUGGAUUUCAUUUUGUUUGUUUGGGAGAGGGUGUUCUUGUUUAACACACAGGCUACUUAAGACUGUCAUACAAUUGCCCCCCUCCAUAUUGCAUUUUGAUAUUUUGAAAACAAACAAAAAUAUCAGCUUUCCAUAGCUGGAGGGUAAAAGGUGAAUGAAGGCAAAUUUCUGUUACUAUCAUACCCAAAGAAGUGAAAUGAUGACACAUGGUGUUGUUGAUUUUAGAAUGUAAAACCAGAUCUAAAAAGUAAUGUUAAUACUCCGUCAGUUAAUAAUCCAAGGUACUGAUUGGUCGUCUUCUUCUUUCGGCUGCUCCCAUUAGGGGUCGCCACAGCAGAUCAACUGUUUCCAUUUCUUCCUGUCCUUUG